UCCCCCACUUUUCCACCUUACUAAUUCACCUCUUAUCUACUUCUCCACCCCUUGAUAAUCUCCCAAAGUAAGCAUCUUUCUCUUGUGUUAUAAUAUGUAAGUAAUGGGAAGGACAUUCAUAGCUUGUCUUUCUCCAUUUCACCAAAGAAAAUGUAUCUUCCAUAUUACAAAUAGUGAAACUAUGGCUCUUUUUGCUUCAUUCACUACUGAAAUCAAGAAUCUCCAAUCAUCACUACUAUCCAACAAUUCUUUAACUCUUCAAUGGUGUGUAGAAGCCAUGACUCUGCUGAAAAAACUCCACUCUCAAUUUCUUCUCAUCAUAUUGGAGAAAUCAAAGGUAAUACCGUUUACAUGGAUCAAUGAUGACAUGUUGAAUCUAUACAUGAAUGAGAGUUUAUACAUCAUGGAGCUUUGUAACAUGUUGAAGACAUCAAGUUUUAAGAUCAACAUGUUUCAUCUAACAAUUGAUACUACAAUCAAAAAUCUAAAUCACUAUGAGGCAAAAUCAUUUGCCAAUAUGCAACCAAUUGAACAAAGAGACAACAAGAGAAUUCUUAUUCAAGAAAUGCAAAGGGAUUGUUGUUCAAGUUUGAUUUGCACAAUUAGAGUUGCAAUGAGUUUAUUAUCUUACAUUCUUUUAAAUGUUUUUAUGUAUCCAACUAAGAAUUAUAAGUUUGAAGUUGUUGAUAGGAUUUGUUGCAAGUACUCUUCUCCAAUUAAGUCAUUCAAGGACUCGGUUAAUGAACUUGCCACUGAAUUUCAAAGGAAAUAUUACAAAGAUGGAGAAAGAGUAGUAAUAAGAUUUUAUGAGUAUGAAGAAAUGGAGAAGGCAAUAAUGGAAGCAAAAGAAAAGUUUAAAAGUGGAUAUGAAGAAGAAGAAAUAAAGAGAAUUAAAGAUGUUAUUCUUCAGAAAUCUAUAGCUCUAAAGGUUGGUUUGGAGAAGUUUGAAUCACAAGCUAAUCAAGUAUUUGAAGGGGUGCUAAAAGGAAGGAAUAAAUUGCUCCAAAUGGUUGGUAAAACCAAUGGAAUUUUUAGAUAAGUCAUACUCUACUUCUUGUGUAUAUUUCUUCUUCAUUUUUUU